UACCAUCCGCAUCUGAGUCUUGCUGCGCUGGGCAGGAGUUUUACCCAGGAAUUAAAUCGGUGCCUAUUGCAGUGAGAGGCGCCCCUGGGCUCCAGCUUUGCAGGCAACUUUCUUACUUUUUUGCAUGACGGGUUUCAAUGCCAGCUUGGUGCAGGAAUACAAGACAAGCCAUAGUGGUGACAGUCUCCCUAUCACUUUGUGUUGACUUAUGCCUUUGCAGACUUCUGACCAUGUUCUUAGUAGGUCAGGAUUAUUAUUGAAAAUUGUCCUCUUUAAUUUUCCUUGCAUGAUAUGUGACACAAAAUUAUACUUCGGACUUCAACUCUUUGACUCCUUGUGGAAACCACAAUUCUGCAUUUAGGUUCUGUCAUCAUGCUCAUUAAGAAAGUAGGAAUGGCCAUUUGGACUUUAUUAUCCACUUUUUCCUUGUAUUUUUUUUCCUUUCUGUAAUGGAAGGAAGCUGUAGCAUGUUUACUAAAGUGAGUGUGGCAGUGGCCGAGUUAGGUCCAGAUUUGUUUUGAUGUGACCUUGAGCAGAAGAACUGCCUGAGGAAGGUGGAAUUCAUUGAGAAGGCCAUGGGCCAUGUCUUAAGAAUCAGUCAUGAUGUGGUUGUCUUGAGAACUCAUGUCCCAGAGUGAUGAAGAAUACCUAGAGAAUACUGUGAGGCAGGAUGGGCACAGAGUGCUUCUGCCUGGGAUCCUUUGCAAAACUCUAAGGUUCUGGAGCUGGAGGCCUUGUGGACCUUGACGUGCUGUGUGGUAUUGAAAUGGCCACAAAGUCCUUUGAGGUGAUGAAGUUCUCCCAAAACAGAAAGAGAUUUGUGCUGAUACAUCAUUACUGUAUAGAAUGUGUUGGUAAGAGGAAAUACAAUGAUGAAAGUGGUUUAAUGAACCACUUCUCUCUUAUUUUGAGAAAGGCAUUGUGGGAGGGUAGGACUUCAGCUGCCUGGAGUCCUUGUGUAGGGGUGCACAUCUAUAGCAGCUUCCUCAGCUGUUGAUUCUGCCAUGAUGGUUCCUUGCUGCUUCUCAGAUGGGAUUAUCUGUGUGUGCCUCAUAUCUCCCACCUGAGCACCUGCAGGGUCAGCCUCAGUAGAAAUGGGGUGUCCCCUUGUCAUGCUUAACCCUGAUAUCUGCAUGGCCACACCAAACCCUGCAGAGCAGCCCAGCUCUGAUGUUAUCAUAGAAAUUCUCCCCCACAAUUGAUAUUAUGAUAUGCUUGUGCUUCAGGAUUUGGUGUGGCUCUCUCAAAAUAAAAUUAAUCUGGAUCAGGAUCAGAACUGUCACUCUGAUCACAGAAUUUUAAACAUCUCCAAUGUGUAGCUCUGUGGUGUUACCAUCUGAGAUUGCUGAAAAAGGGUCUCACAUUUAGGGUGAAUUUCAUGGAGCCUGCCAGACAUUCUGUGGCUUUGCAUUCUUUCAUAAUUUCCUUGUGCCAAUUGUGAGGGAAGGUGGGGAUGUGCAAAGGCCUGGAUCAUGCUCAGAAUGAGUUUUAUUGCUGGGGCAAGCUGGUUUGGUGGGGCAGUUUGGCUGCUACAGCUGUAAUCCUCCAAGUGGCAUGGAGUACUGCUUGGGCCCUCUGUCAUGGGGGUGACUUUGAGUGGAGAAGUUUCUUUACUGAGGAAAUGGAGAUGCUGUGUAGCAUAAGCGCUAUCGCUAGGGAAGAAAAGCUCCAGCUGCUUAACUGGAGAUUCAUUUCCCAGAGCUUGGGAUAGAGAUUCCACUGGAAAACCUUGUGAAGACACCUGUCACCCUGGGUUGCUUGCCUGGGAUCCUCUCAGGUCCCUCUGAAAUCCUGUGCAUCCUUGGUAUCCUCUGUGCUCUUCCAGCCAGAUGUGUAGACAUCUUCCAUACACAACAUGGAUCACUUGCUUUUGCAAAUAUGGUGUUAGUGAAACAGCAGAUUUUCCAAAUAUCCGUCUUGCUUGGUCAGCCUUCUCUGAAGCUCCGAAGCUCUCCUUGUUUAUUUCUCUGCUCUUGUCUUGAUAGGGAGUGGAAAAACUUCUGUCCAUAACCAAGAAGUUGCCAGACCUGGCAUUUUGAUAUGGUGGAAUGGGACCUUCUAGUUUUCUUCUCUCCUUUUACCAAAACAUUCCAUCUUUUUUAUUUUUUUUUUCUUUUGCAUUGGCCAUGUGUUGGUAACAGUGGUUGAAAUGCAGACUGCUGAAUUUUGGCAGCUGUCAGGUAGCAGAGUUUCCAUUAGCUGACCAUUAGUACGAGGGGUGGAUUUUCCAGUCUUCCAAGCUGAGGCUGAGGUUGGAAGAAUGUCCUUAGAUUUGCAGGGUCUCUCCUGCUUCACCAAGAUAAACGUGCAUGACGGAGCAUUGUGCCCUGUUCAGUGAUUUAGAGGCUUUUGCAGAAUGUGGGUCGUUUUCUCUUAUUCAUCUUCUCCAGAAACCUCUGAUAACAUUAAAAGAAAAUAUCCUUCAGAACCAAUUCCCUCAAUUGAAAGUAAAUAUUUUCUGAAGAAGGAGCCAGGGAUACUUCAGGUAAGUUGCUGCUACCUAAAGAAGAUGAGUCUGAAAUACAGUUGUACCUUUAUACAUCUUUAGUCAUGGUAUCUUCAUUUUGGAUUGACCAAACGGGCCUGGAUUUGGAGUUGGACAUGAUGAUCCUUAUGGGUGCCUUCCAGUUUGAAAUGUUCUGUGAUUCCUUUACUGGAUCAGCAGAGCACCACUGCCUCCUCCCAUUCCUAACUUCUUUCUCCAGACAUGGUACGAACAAAUAACAGCGAGCAUGGAUGAAGGAGGGACCCUAACACAUUUCUCAGAGUGGAUGUAUUGGGAGUUGGGGGUGUGUUCUCAGAGAAAAUGACACAGAUAAAAUGACUCUGUUGCCUUCACCCUGUGGAUCAGGCUGCACAGAGGAUUUCCACAGGGAGUAACGCCCCUGGGGUUGGACAUUCUUGCUGUGUGUUUCUGACAGUGCUGGCCUGCCUGAAAUAUGAAGCCAGAAAUUUACAUUCAGCAUGCAGGUGGCAAAUGAGGCCUGAAGAACAGUUCUUCAUCAGAAUAUAUGGAGAUUGUUCAGAAGCUGUGUUUGCUCCAUAUUUUUUUCAGCAUUCAGUAAAGAUUGAUGUGCUGGGCCUUGAUGGCUUUGAGCUCCUGAAGAUUCAUUGGGUUGUUUGUGCUUACUCAAGUCUGUUUACACCAAUGUCAGAGUACCUAGGGAUUGGGCCUGUGUUUGAGAGGGCUGUGAAUUCUCUCCCUUGAGAGGAUGGGGCCUGAAGAGUGCGGUUUCCUUCCAGCAGGUGAAGUGAAAGAGCACUCUGAUGGUCUGGCACAGACUUAAAAUGAGCAAGAAGUUUGUUUCUUGAAUGGAGAGAUGAAAGAUGACAAUGGAGAGGAACGAGAACUGUCACCAAUGGCGUGUUUGUGCUUCAUGAGGAGAGUGAAGUAAUGGAAAAAUACCUUGGGAACAGAUAAAGAAGAGAGUAUGUGUGUGCAUAAGGACAGUGAAGAGAAGGAGGAAGAUGGGAAAAGGGAAGGAAGGAUGGACGGAUGAACAAAUUUACUGGUAUGACACAGAUGCUCUCACUGUAAACAGAAAGGGAGAAGAGCAAGAAAGGAGGACAUAAAAGGAGUGAGAGAAGAGAAAGACAAAAGAUGCUAUGAAGGUAUUACAGAAGAAGGUGAUUAAGAAUGGGAGAUGAGAAAGACGAGAAAGAAAACAACAGCAAAGAUGAGCAGUACGCGACCACCUUACCUCUAAUCGCUGGGUGGAGCUCGUUCUCAAGAGCCCCCGCCUCGAUUAGAAUAUUCCGCGGUCCGGCGCUAGUGCCACGUAAGUAGAGUUCGUGGAUCCUGCUUGUUUUUUUUGCAGUCUGGCUUCAGAAGCGACUGGCGAGAUAUCAGAAGGGCUAAGAAGAGAGCAGCGGAAAAAGUCCAAAGGAUAAAAUAUAAAAGGAGCACGGUAAGAAGAAGCAGCAGAGGAGACGGCCAUGACGGAGCGGAAGACACGGGCGCUGUCACGGAGCGUGCGGGGCGGCGGAGCAGCGCACGGUGUCGCUGCAGGCUCAGGAACGGCUGCGUGUGGGCGGCUCCGCCCCGGUGCGGCGGAGAGCCCGGCUGUGAGCGCGGGGGGGCGGCGCGGGCCGGGCAGCAGAGCCGGAGCGUCCGGGCGGCGGCGGGGAGCCGUGCGGGGCCCGGGCCGGGGCCGGCAGCCACAGCGGCGGCGGCGGCGACAGCGACAGCGGCGGCGGCAGCAGCAAGGAUGGGCGAGCGCUGGAGUGCGGCGGUGCGGGUGCUGGUGCUGCAGGCGGCCUGGGCGCUGGCGGGCGGGCAGGUGCGCUACUCGGUGCCGGAGGAAGCCAAGGGCGGCACGGUGGUGGGGCGGCUGGCGCAGGACCUGGGCCUGGAGGCGGGCGAGGCGGAGGCGCGGCGGCUGCGGCUGGUGGCGCAGGGCCGGCGGGCGAGCGUGGAGGUGAGCGCGGCGAGCGGCGCGCUGCUGGUGAGCUCGCGGCUCGACCGGGAGGAGCUGUGCGGCAAGAGCGCGCCGUGCGCGCUGCGCCUGGAGGUGCUGCUGGAGCGGCCGCUGCGCGUCUUCCAUGUGCAGCUGGAGGUCACCGACAUCAACGACAAUGCCCCCGAGUUCCGUGUGGACGAAGAAGCCCUUAACACGGAAUCGUCUGUGCCGGGGUCUCGUUUCCCGCUGGAGGGCGCGUCGGAUGCGGAUAUCGGAGCGAACGCGCAGCUCACCUACACGCUCAGCCCCAGCGAAUAUUUCAGUCUUGAUCAUCAGGGGAAUAAUGACCAGAGAGCGUCUUUGGGUCUUAUUUUAACGAAAUCUCUGGACCGCGAGACGAUUCCCGUGCACCGGUUGGUGCUGACGGCGACUGACGGGGGCCGGCCGUCUCUGACGGGGACAAUGGAGCUGGUGAUCUCGGUGCUGGAUGCGAAUGACAACGCGCCCCAGUUCAACCAGACUGUGUAUAAAGUUAAAGCCCUAGAAGGUUCGGAGCUCGGGACUCUAUUAGUCACCCUUAGUGCCACAGAUCCUGAUGAAGGGAUCAAUAGUGAUAUUAUAUAUUUAUUUAGUAGACGUGUUAGUACAAAAGUUAAAGAAAUGUUCACUAUCGACGAAAACAAGGGAGAAAUCAGACUUAAAGGCAAAUUAGACUAUGAAGAAACGGAUAGUUACGAGAUCCCUGUAGAAGCAAGGGACAAAGGCUCUCCCCCGCUGUCGGGUCAUUGCAGCGUGGUGCUGGAGGUGCUGGACGUGAACGACAACGCGCCCGAGGUGUGGGUGACGUCGCUGUCGGUGCCGGUGUCGGAGGACGCGUCGGUGGGGACGGUGGUGGCCGUGCUGAGCGUGUCGGACCGGGACUCGGGGGAGAACGGGCGCGUGCGGUGCUGGGUGUGGCCGGCGUCGCCGUUCGGUCUGGAGGCGACGUUCGCGGGCUCGUACUCGCUGGUGCUGCGCGAGGCGCUGGACCGGGAGCGGGUGUCGGAGUACGAGGUGGAGGUGCGUGCGGAGGACGGCGGGGCGCCGGCGCUGCGCGCCAGGCGCGGGCUGCGGCUGCCGGUGUCGGACGUGAACGACAACGCGCCCGCGUUCGCGCAGGCCGUGUACACGGUGCUGGCGCGGGAGAACAACGCGGCGGGCGCGGAGCUGGCGCGGCUGUGGGCGCGGGACCCGGACGAGGCGGGCAACGGCCGCGUCAGCUACUCGCUGUGGGGAGGGCGGCGUGGGCGGCGGCGGGGGCCGCGGGCUCGUCGUCGUGGUGGUCGUCGGGCGGCGGGUGGCGGGCGGCGUCGAGCUACGUGUCGGUGGACGCGGAGAGCGGGGCGCGUGUGGGCGCUGCAGCCCUUGGACUACGAGGAGCUGCAGGUGCUGCAGUUCGAGGUGCGCGCGGUGGACGCGGGGGAGCCGCCGCUGAGCGGCAACGCCACGGUGCAGCUCUUCGUGCUGGACGAGAACGACAACGCGCCGGCGCUGCUGCCGCCCGCGGGCUCGGCGCCGGAGGCGGGCGCGGCGGCGGCGGCGGAGGCGGCGGCGGGGGGCGCUGGGCUUGGGCUGGGAGUGGUGGCGAAGAUCCGCGCCGUGGACGCCGACUCGGGCUACAACGCGUGGCUGCGCUACGAGCUGUGGGAGCCGCGGGGCAAGGGCCCGUUCCGCGUGGGGGCUCUACAGCGGCUGCUGAUCGUCGUGCGCGACCACGGCGAGCCGGCGCGCUCGGCCACGGCCACGCUCAGCGUGUCGCUGCUCGAGGCCGCCGAGGCGGCGCUGGCCGCGGCCGCGGGAUCCUCCUCGGCGGCGGCGGCGGCGGCGGCGGCGUCGGCGUCGCGCUCGGCGGCGGGCGUGGAGCUCGGGCCCGGCGCGGCGAGCGCGGCCACCAACGUGUGGCUGGUGGUGGCCAUCUGCGCCGUGUCCAGCCUCUUCCUGCUGGCCGUGGUGCUCUACGCGGCGUCGCGCUGGGCGCCGCGGGCCGCCGUGCUCUCGGCGCCCGGGCCCACGACGCUCGUGUGCGCCAGCGAAGUGGGCAGCUGGUCGUACUCGCAGCGCCACAGCCGGAGCCUGUGCGUGGCCGACGGCGCCGCCAAGAGCGACCUCAUGGUUUUCAGCCCCAACUUCCCUCCGCCGCCGCCCGUCUCCUUUGAUCGUGAACGGGAGUCGCGGGCUGAAGGGGAGUGGGUGGUCACCGCUCAAUGCGUGAGCUACUUCACUUGCGAGUAG